AUGGCAAGACUCUUCACAGAUGUGUUUUAUGUGUGUGUUACCUGUGUUUUCUCUCCUCUAUCAGCUCUGGGCGUCCUGCUCACUCUGCACAUGGUGUCAUCCAACAAACUGGUGUGCCACAUGACCAACUGGGCCCAGUACAGGCCCAGCAUGGCCAAAUUCACCGCAGACAACAUUGACCCCUUCCUGUGCACCCACGUCAUCUACGCCCUGGCCACCAUCAACAGCUUCAACCAGCUCAGCCCCAUCGAGUGGAAUGACGAGCAGCAGUACCAGAGACUCAGCAGCCUCAAGAGUGUCAAUCCUGUACUGAAGACUCUGCUGUCAGUUGGAGGCACAGUCAAUGGAGUCAGCCCAUUCAUCGCCAUGGUCGCCAAGCCUGAGAGACGUGCAGUCUUCAUCAAGUCGGCCAUCAGCUUCCUGCGCACCCAUAACUUUGAUGGGUUGAACCUGGCCUGGGAAUAUCCAGGACACAAUGGCAGCCCACAGGAAGACAAGGAGAGGUUCACUCUGCUGGUCACGGAGCUGUCAGUGGCCUUUGAGGAAGAUGCCAGAGAGAACCGGAAGACUCCACUGCUGCUAUCGGCCAACGUUGCUUCUUUCCCUCCCACCAUCAACAGUGCCUAUGAAGUCAACAAGAUUUCACCUUACUUGGACUUCAUUAAUGUCAUGACCUACGACUUCCAUGGACACUGGGAGGCAGCUACUGGACACAACAGCCCACUGUACCCCAGCUCUGUGGACUCCGGCUCACACAGUCAUCACAAUAUCAACUCCUCUGUGUCCCACUGGCUGUCUCUGGGAGCUCCAGCUGAGAAGCUGCUGUUGGGCUUCCCCACCUACGGACGAACCUACCACCUGAGCAGUGCUGCUACCGGCCUGGGAGCACCAGCUAACGGCCCCGCAGAAGCUGGGCCCUACACUCGCACUGCCGGCUUCUGGGCCUCUUAUGAGAUCUGUGAUUUCACCUCCAGUGCUACAGUUGAAUGGAUCUCUGAGCAGGAGGUUCCAUAUGCCACCUAUGGCAGUUCCUGGGUGGGCUAUGACGACAAGCGGAGCUAUUCUUCAAAGGUCCAGUGGAUGACAGCCCACAACCUGGGAGGUGCUCAUGUGUGGACUCUGGACAUGGAUGACUUCGGUGGAUCCUUCUGCUCAGCUGGACCGUAUCCUCUCGUCAACCACCUCAGGAUGUCCAUGGGCUUCCCCCCAAAGCCCACCACCACACCGGCUCCUACCACCACCAGGGACCCCAUGGUUGACUUCUGCCGCGGCCGCCCUGAUGGCCUGUAUGAGAACCUGGCUGAUAAGACCACCUAUUUCCAGUGCUUCCAGGGAAACACCUACCUGCACCGCUGCCAGCCCGGCCUCAUCUACUGGGACUCCUGCAAGUGCUGCGACUGGCCCUGA